CAACUACAAAGUAAACGUUUAUCUUUAUUUAAAUUAUUUAUGAUUUAGCCAUGCUGAUGGAUGACCAACGGACUCAUGUUUCUCACUUAACGACCUAACUCCACAAUUUCAAUCUUCAGUAGUUAAAUUGUUGUAUGGUUUUUUGUUUGAAUUUGUUGAAUAUGGAUUAUCUUGGUGAACCGAUAGUAAAAGAAAAUAUUUCAAAAACCCAAGGCCGAGGACGAGGCUUUUUAUUAAAAAUGAUAAAUCAAAGAUUAAGUUCAGAAAAAUCUGUACCUUUAUCUUCAUCGAUGUUGCCAAUCAAUAAUAUAAAGAGCAAUGUUGAAAAUACUGUUGUACAUAAUCAAAGCCUUAUAAACAAAUCUUAUUUUCAAGACAGUGUUUAUAGUUAUGAAACACCUGUAAGAUCAACUUAUAUUCCACCUGAACCCAAUGAAGAUGAUGAAUCUAUUUAUGAUGACGGAAUCAGUUCUGGUAUACAUUUUGAAAAAUUUAAUGAUAUUGAAGUAAAGGUGAAUGGUAAAAAUAUACCUGAAGCUAUUGAAAGUUUUGAAAUGUUAAACAAUAUACCAGAAAAGUUAAUGGAGAAUAUUAAAAUGUGUAAAUUUUUGAAACUAACUCCUAUUCAAAAAUAUUCUAUUCCAAUUAUUUUAUCUGGUAGAGAUAUGAUGGCCACUGCACAAACUGGUUCGGGAAAAACGAUUGCUUUUGUCUUACCAAUCAUACAAAAAUUGCUCAUGGAUCCACAAAAACUAGUAAAAGAUAGUAAUCAUAGUGAACCCCAAGUUGUUAUAAUGGCACCUACAAGAGAAUUGGCUGUUCAAAUUAAAAUGGUUGUGUUGAAAUUAACAAGAGGUACCGGAAUUUCAUCGUUUGUCUGUUAUGGUGGCACUUUAGUCAGUUAUCAAAAAGAUCAAAUUCUUAAAGGUUGUCACAUACUUGUAGCCACACCUGGUAGAUUAAAUGAAUUUGUUCAACAUGGUUAUAUAACAUUUUCAUCUGUGAAAUUUUUUGUUUUGGAUGAAGUUGACAGGAUGUUAGAUGUAGACUCAAAACCAGAUAUUGAUAAAAUUUUGAAUCAUUUUUCAAUGCCGCCUGUUAUGAAUAGACAGACAAUUAUGUUGUCAGCAACUUUACCAGAUGAAACUCAACAUUUAGCAAAGUUCUAUUUAAAUAAAAAUUAUUUAUUUUUAGCAGUUGGUAUUGUUAGUAGUGCUUCACAAGAUAUAAAACAAACAUUUUAUAUGGUUAAUAGAUUCAAUAAACGUGCAAUUUUAUACAAUAUUUUGAAAAAAGAUUCAGCAGGAACUAUAAUAUUUGUAAAACAUAAAUGGACAGCAGACUUUCUUGCCACAUACUUAAGCGAAAAGUGUAUUCCAUCAAUAAGUAUACAUGGUGACCGUUUACAAGAUCAGAGGGAAAAGGCAUUAAAUGAAUUUCGUAACAAAAAGAUGAAUGUACUUGUAGCAACAACUGUAGCUUCAAGAGGUUUAGAUAUUAGUUAUGUGAACCAUGUCAUUAAUUAUGAAAUGCCUCAAGAAAUUGAAGAGUAUGUGCAAAGAAUUGGACGUACAGGUAGACUGGGAAACCAAGGAAUUGCUACUUCUUUUUUUGAUCCUGAUGAAGAUUAUCUUUUAAUAGAACCAAUUAUAAAAACUCUAGCAUCGGCAAAUCAAGAAAUACCUAAUUGGUUAGUUAAACUAGGACGGGAAGCCAAGUAUAAUGAUGCAGAUGAUGUUUUAGAUCAAUUUGGAGGCUCAGAUAUAAGAAUUAAUUCAAAUUCAGUUGAUGAUUGCGAAGAAUGGUAAAUUCAUAAUUGAAUAUAUAAUAACUAUUGUUUUAUUUCAAGUAAUUAAUAAAAAUGUAUAAUGAAUAGAAUGUUAUAUAUAUAAAUAACUCAAUAAAAAUUUACUUUAUUAUCUAA